UCCGGUGUGGAAACCGAUGGAAGCCGUAGUGUAGAUUAGCGGUUAUCAGCGGCGACAAACCGGACAGGUUGGAACCGUGGUGAUUAAAGUGAGCGGGCCGCGAAGACUAUUGUGGCAACAGCUUUAUAAGAAAAGGCGUCUAAGUCCGGUGAACAUGGCUGGCGGGUGCGGAAAUGAGGAUCUGUUUGAUAGUAUUCUUCUGGCGGAUGAACGGUUCCGGGGGGAGGGCUACCGGGAGGGAUUUGAGAGAGGCACACGCCGAGGACUGCAGGAUGGACGCAGACAUGGAGCUUCUCACGGAGCCAAGUUGUCCACAGAGAUUUCCUUCUAUUAUGGGUUUGCUGUCACGUGGAAAUGUCUCCUCCAGAAUAACACAGAUGUCAAAUCAAGAAAGCGUGUGAAAGCUCUGGAGGCUCUCCUGGGUUUGAUCCAAAACUCUCCUCAUGAUGAUCCACAGUCUGCAAAGCUACAGGAGGACAUGGAGAAGCUUCGAGCCAAGUUCAGACAGGUCUGCUCCAUGCUGAGCGUCCCAACUGACUUCAAGGAUUACAUCAAGACCUCUGAAGGGACGUCUUUCUAAAUCUCUCCUGAUGAUGGUGGUGAUGAGGAGGAGGAGGAGAAGGAGCCGCCGCCGAGCCGACCUCUGCGUCCCAGGACAGAAGAGAGGCACGUUGAGUUGCUGUCGGCCAGCAGCCCCGAUGCCUCACAGGCGGCAGGAGGUGACUGGUCUGCAGUGGAUUCAUUAGAGGGUUUGAAGUGUGAAGCACUGACUGUGUGAGAUUGACAGUCAUCUCUGAGAGCCGUCUUUACUCUGAGAAGGACAGAGAAGUCCAUGUCCUCAUUAAACUGGAUCAGUCUGGGGAGAAGAAUGCAGUUAUUUUUCAUGUUAGACUGUGGAGAAAGGGUGGAUCUACUGUAGUGAUUCAGUGUUUUAUAAGGAACUGAAAAUCAAGAAAGCAAUAAACAGACUGUGAGACAAAGUUGGCACAGAGAUGCCACAAUUAAAUCUUGGAACACCA